AAAAGUAAUAAAUAAAUAAGUUUGGAAAACUUAAUGUCGUGCAAUGUGCUCCUAACUAAUUGAGCCAUUUCCUAACGACAUUAUUUGAAUUAUUUAAAACGAAAAAUCAAUAUAUCGACCCACCGCCACUGUAAGUUGUUCGAUAAACACAACCUAUCGAAAACCAGUCUGGCAACAAAAAUAUUUUAAGAGAAAACAACGCGCGGUUUGCGUGGAGCAAUUAAAAAUUGUAAAAAUAUAUAUAAAAUGAACUUACACGAUGGAGACUUUAAGACGUUACGAUCUAAGCUGGAUGUUAUGGGAUUUACGCAGACAAUGCCCAUUCUCGCAAUGCCGCUGGUAGGCGCUAUCUUUGGCGACCUAAUCAAAACAACCGAAUGCCUGCGCGACACCAAACGACAAGUUGCCGAACUCCUCGAAGAGAAAACCUGUUGGGAACUGGGAGCUGAACCAUAUAAAUGUGAUAAUUCACGUUUGAUGGCCGAAUGCAAUGAGCUGCACUUACAAAAUCUAAAGGAACGCGAGGAUUACGAGUUGCGUCUUUGUGACUGUGAGCGCCGCAUACGUAGCCUGCAGACAGAUCGGGAACACUUGCAGAGUCACAAUGCUCAGCUUCAGAGUCAAUUGGAUGCGUUUCUCUCCAAACAAAUCCUCACAGCAACAACUGCCAAGCGAACGCAUCCCGGAUCCUUUCAAACCAAGAAACCAUUCAUAUCUACAGUGCGCUCUGGCGAAGUUUUGCCAGCUGUCCUUGGCAAUGCGCCACUUUCUGGCUUAAAGUGCACCAAGUGCAGUGCAGGACUUAAUGAGAAAACAUCUAAAGAUGGCCUGACUACACAGACUACUCAAACGAAUGCAACAGAUGUGGUCGAUAGACUGCAAAAUGAGCUGAGAAGCUCAAGUGAUCAGUUGGAGUUUUACAAGCGCAAAGUCGAGUCACGGAAUCGCGAAAUUCGCCGAUUAAAUGACAUGCUUUCUGGCGGACGACCACCAGCAGCUUUGGCAAAGGAUUGCUGCUACAAGGAUGUGGGUGUGCUGUCGCAGGACAUUGAUCUUCUGCAGCGAGAGAAGAGUGAGUUGAUGGCGCAGGUGCGUGAGUAUCAGGACAAGAUGCACGACGCUAUGCAGCGUGCAUUGCGCAUCGAGGAGGAAAAACGAAAGAUGCAAACACAUCUCGACGAACUUAAGGAAGCCGCUUUGCAGGUGGAGCAACAGGCGAACUCUGAGCUAGAUGCACGCGAACAUGAGCUGCGUCAGCUGCAAGUUGAACUGAAGCAAUUGCAGCUGCACAGCGAACAGAGAGGCAAGAAACAAGGCUUUGAUGGCGCCAAUGCAACGCACAACGAUAAGCGGAAAUUGAACGAGAAAUUGAAUCUGCUCACGAGACGAGAGGAAGAGCUGGAGGCGAUAAACACUAAGCUGAAGCAGCGAUUGCGCCAAAUGCAGGAGAAACUACAAGAGCUGGAAAAGCAGCUGCAUGAGCAGCACAACACUGCCACUCUUGACGAGGAGAAGAUCCGCAUCAAGUCUGAGCGAGAUUUCUUUCAAAAGGAGUAUUUGCGUCUCAUCAACAAAUGCGGUUCAGAUACGGAAAUCUCUUUUCUACAAGCACAAAUCAAAUCAAAGGACGAAGAGCUACGCGCUUUGCGAUCUGAACUUUGUAUGUUGCCGCCAACUACCAGAUUGUAUUUAUCCCCCAGGAAGGGAAAUCAUUGCGAAAGCUCACGUCCUGCUACAGCCAGCAGCUCCAAUGACAGCAGCAAUCGCAGUGAGUGCGUCCAGGCAGCAAUUGCUCGCGUGGAGCGAGAACGUGACUGUGCUCGCUCUGAGCUGGAACGCAUGCGUUGCGAGCGUGACAAUCUGCGCGAGAAGCAAUUGGGUAGCGUUCAACUACAUGCCGAAGAAGUGCAAUCGCUUCGCAUGCGCAACGAAGAGCUCCAGAGUCACAUACGUCGGCUGGAGAUGGACAAUCGCGAGCUGAACUCGGCACGUGUGCCGGCGGAGACGCACAAUGCGUUCCUCAAGGAGGAUGUGGCGCAGCUCAAGCAGCGUAUGACAUCGCUGCAGGCCGAGAUCGACAAGCAGCGCAAGGAGAACGCACAAAUUUCUUUGCUAAACGAGCAAAAUGAACGCAUUAUAGCGGACUAUCAGAGCAAACUCCUCAUUGCGGAGCGUCAGAGACAGAAAGCUGAUGUGUUGGUCAGCACACUGGACACGAGUCGUGAGACAAAUCGCAAUGAUAACGCUCAGCUGCGCAGUGAAAUUGCUUCGUUGCGUCAAACAUACGUUGCGCUGGAGCUUGAGAAGGAUACGUUGCUGAAUCAAUUGGAUAACAAAACGGAACGUCUCCUUAAAAUGGAAUAUGAAUUCAAAGACUGCAAACAAAGACGUAAUGCAUUAGAGCAAACAGUAAAGGAGCUGGAGUCGCAAGUUGACAAACUGACCACAAGAACUCGUCAACGUGACUCCGAAUUGACAGAGACGUCGGCGGAAAGUAAAACUCUCAGGCAACAGAUUGUCGCCCUCAAAGCGAGUCGCGAUGAGGCAAUUGCGGAAAAUGGCCGACUUGCGGAUAAACUAAGCGAUGCCCAGGUGGAAGCCAAGAGUCUGCAUAAGAAGCUCAAGGACUGCGAGCAGCAGGUGGCAACAAUGAAGCAGCAGUUGCACAAAUACGUUGCUGAAGUGAAAAAGGCCGAAGACUUGCUGAUGACAAAGGUACUAUGCUUUGUUUUAAAGGAAAAGGAGCGCGAAGAAUUGCUGGAUCACUAUCACAGUCUGACGCACGAUCAAGUUCUACUGGAGGGUAACAAUCAGAGUCUAGAGUUCGAGGCCACUGAAUUUAGACGACAGAUUUGUGAACUGGAGUGCGAAGUGCGCACCCUAAAGGAUCAGCUGCAUUGUCGACAGUGCAGCAUCGAAGACUUGGAGAUGCAACUGACUGCUGCACGUGCCUCACAACGUUGCCUGGAGCGUGAGCUGGAGAAUGCUCGCGAGCAGAAGAUUGAGCUCGAUGUGCAUAAAGAGCUCUGCGAGAAAUUGGAUGUGGAGAAAGAGAAACUUAAUGCCGAGCUAAAUGAACUGAGCGAAAUACGUAAAAAGCUGGAAAAGGAAUGUGAAAAACUGCGCAGCGAAUUGCAUCAAAAGUCUCUGAUAAAUCAGGUGACGACAGAUACGACGGGUCAAAUGUUGGAUCGACUACGUGAUGAACAGCUGCGACAAGAUGAUGCCGAAGUAAGGGCAAAGAAUGAAAUGGAAAGACUGCAACAGCUACACGAGACAACGUUGCGAGAGCUGCAGCAAGAGCGUGCGCGUUGCAAUCAACAGGAGCGUCUGGCCACGGAGUUCGAGAAGCAGGCGCGGGAAUUGCGUCAGAAUCUCACCGAGGAUCGCUUUUGUUUGGCGCGAUCCAGAGAAAACAGUCCCAAGAUACCGCCUAAAACGCUGUGAACUUCACUGCAUUCCAAAAUUAAAUUAAUUUUGUACUGUGUACAUGUUUUUGUUUAUUGCAUUUAUUCUACACACUUUUUACCAAUUGUAUUUGUAUUUAUAUUUGUAUGAUUAUAUUUUGUAUUCAGAACGCGACAUUGUUUUGCAGUUCGUGUUUUGC